AGCGUUAAAGCGCCACCGGAUGGCUUUCGCUCGCGCACUCUGGUGUCAUGGCGUCCUCCUGUUCACAAGCUCUCAGGCAUCAUGCUUGUAAGAGUAGCAGAAUAUUGCGGAUUCAUCUGCAGAAGUCGUGGCCUAAUAGGGGUUUUGCUCUGAAUUCUGCUGCAGAUAAUCAACCUGCCGUUUCUUCACUAGUAGAAGAAAUAGUCAUUCCAAAGAAGAAAACAUGGAGUAAAGAAGCUGUCUUACAGGCUCUGGCGUCCACUGUGAACAGGGAUCCUACAGCAUCAGAUUACAGAUUCCAGGAUGAUCCAUAUCUCACUCCAAAGACAUCAUUAGACUUUAAAUUAUUUUCCUUGUCCCAGGAGUCGGGCAGAAACACUGCCAAAUAUUUCAUCAAUAAAUACCCGAAUUACUUCCAGAAGGACUACGCACAGCCUCAUAUUCCCUGUUUGAUGCCGGAGACUCUGGAGGCUCGGAUAGAGGAUCUGUCGGAAGCUGCGCUCACAGAGAGGAUUCAGCUGAGGAAGGUCAGAGCUGCUGUGGAUCUGUACGACCAGCUGCUGCAGGCCGGUACAUCAGUGUCUUUGGAUGUGACCAAUGAUCUGUUAGAUCUGAUUUGUUUCUAUGGAGACCGUGAUCCCGCACAAGAGAAUGUUCCGGAACAGAGGAGCGAAGAGACGGAGGACGUCCAGGAGGAACCACAGCCUAGGAAAGGAAGAGCACCCAAAGCCUCGGAUUUACUGAAGGCCACCUGGAAAGAGAAUAAUAAUGCUGAGAGAAUCUUUGCGCUGCUGUCGGAGCCGAACACGCGUUCAUACAGCGCUCUGAUCCGAGGCAUGGUGAAGUACGGCGCUUAUUCCAGAGCGUUCAGCACUUACACUGACCUGCUGAACAACCGGCUGACAGCUGAUGUGAACAUCUUCAACGCCCUGAUCGCAGCCGCCCCAGAAGCGCAAGAGAAGUACAAUGAGAAGUGGGAGCUGAUAGUGGAUCUUUUGAAGCAGAUGGCAGAGCAGAAGGUCAAGCCGAACCUCCUGACGUUUAACGCCGUCCUGAAGGCUUUGAGACGCUGUGGCGCUUUGGGCAAAUCUCAGGCCUUCCCUGUGAUCAGCGAGAUGAAGGCUCUCUCCAUCGAACCCAGUCUGGCCUCUUACAAUCACGUGCUCAGCAUAUUUUAUAAAACAGGUGCCCCAAUUCAGGGCCAAAAAGACAUUCUACAGGAAGUGAUGUACGAGGUGUCAGGAAAGAGCUUUACUCCUCAGGACCCUGAUGAUGCACAGUUCUUCAUCACUGCUAUGAGAAUCUGUCUGGACACCAAGGACAUUGAGCAGGCGUACAGGGUCCAUGAGCUGCUGCGAGUAGGAGAGAACUGGAGACUUAUGGGAAAUGAUUUAAAACAGAACAUCUACUAUACGCGGUUCUUCAGUCUGCUCUGUCUGAUGGAGAACGUUGAUGUGGUGCUGCAGUGGUACAGAGAUCUGAUUCCCUCCGUGUACUACCCCACUUCUAACAUCAUGACGGAUCUGCUCCGAGCACUUGAUACUGACAGCCGAUUGGACCUCAUCCCGCAGAUAUGGAAAGAUAUCAAGCAGUUGGGUCAUGCCAACCGGCAGAAGCUGGUGGAGGAGCUGCUGGCGCUGAUGGCCCGAGAGAAGCACAGUCAGGAGGUGCAGGAAUCAUUUGCUGACUGUGCGCUGGACAUUAAGAGAAUGUACAACACAGGUGACCGCGGCAAGGUUAUGAUGAGCUGGACGGCCGGCUCUCUCAGCGACGUCAUCUCCGUUCUGCUCGCAGCUCAGAGGAGACAGGACGCCUGGGACACGCUGAAACUCUUCAAAACACACAAUAGAGUUCCCAGUGCGGAGCUGUUGAACCAGUUCUUGACGUGUGUGAAGGAGAGUGGUGAUGUGGAUCAGGCCGUGGAGCUGGUUCAGAUCUCCGCUGGCUUCUGUCUGCCCGAAACGCCCGAACUCAUCCAGAGGAUCCAGCAGGAGUUUGAGCUCUCAGAGCAGCACAAGAGCAUCUUGUCUGAUCUGGAGAUUCGGACCUUUAACAGCGAGUAAAUCUCGGGGCUGAGAGGCGUUCUGCAGUGUGGAUGAUCAGAGCAGCUGAAUAUCUGUUGAAAUCUGCGCAUUUUCUGUAUACUUCAGCGUGUUUGGUACAUGUGUAAUUAUUACUCUUCAUUCAGAUGAUAACUCAACUCAAUAAAAAAAUCAGUAGUUUAAAUGUUUUCCUCA